GCCUCGCAUACCCAUCAGCUCGCUCACCCUGGCACACUUAGCGUCCCUUACCCACCUUCUGAAUUCACCACACACUCUUGGCACAUUCUUUUCAACCUCAUCUUCUUUCACCUCUCGCUCGGCCGAAGAGCCAACCUUUUCCUUACUGUCCCAUUGGUCACCACAGACCAACCAUGUCCCUAGGGCAACUGAAAUUCCAGGCAGUGGGCGAGGAGGAUGAGGAGGACGAGGAGGAGAGCUUAGACUCUGUGAAGGCCCUGACUGCCAAACUUCAGCUACAGACCCGACGGCCCUCAUAUCUGGAGUGGACUGCCAGGGUCCAGAGCCGGGCCUGGUGCAGAGCCCAAGCUAGACCUGAGCCGGUGGGACCUGGGGCCAUCUGUGGCUUCGACUCCAUGGAUUCGGCGCUUGAGUGGCUCAGACGGGAGCUGCAGGAGAUGCGGGCUCAGGACCGGCAGCUGGCGGGGCAGCUGCUCAGGCUGCGGGCCCAGCUGCACCGACUGAAAGUGGACCAAGUCUGUCACCUGCACCAGGAGCUUCUGGAUGAGGCCGAGCUGGAGAUGGAGUUGGAGUCUGGGACGGGCCUGGCUCUGGCCCCACCGCUGCGGCAUCUGGGACUCACGCGCAUGAACAUCAGUGCCAGACGCUUCACCCUCUGCUGACAGCACUUGGGUGGUUCUGCAAGAUCUGGGGAGAAGGAAGGAAGAGGGACCCCAGAGGUUCUGGCGCCUGCUGGGGAGGAUGGGCACGGCUAGGUUUCUGAAUGCUGAAUUCAGAGAGCACAACGCUCCAGGAAGAGGAGGGAGAGAGGGAACUCGGGCCCCAAAUUUCUUAAUAAAAAAGCAUUGAAUCCCA